UGUCUCUUAUGGUUUCAGGAGCAUCUAAGAAGCUGUCGUGAGGAAAAUGCGUUUGUUUUAUAAAAGCAGUUUCACUCCAUCAAUAAAUUGAAUACUAUGUGUUAAUAACGUGCAUGUAAGUUACUAGUAAGUUAGCGCGAAUCUCGAAGCUAACGGUAGUCUCACCUCCACGUUUGGUUAAGAAGUCAGACUAUCUACUUCAAAAUGCCCCUCUUUGGCAAUAUUUUCAGUCCCAAGAAAACCCCACCUCGAAAGUCUGCAUCGCUUUCCAAUCUACAUACAUUGGAUCGGUCGACCCGUGAGAUUGAAUUGGGUCUGGAAUAUGGAUCUCCUGUGAUGAACAUUGGUGGUCAGAGCCUCAAAUUCGAAGACGGACAGUGGAUUUCAGAAUCAGGUGGAAAUGUGUCAGGAAAAGAAGUUCAGCGACUGAAGAAGAGGAAUCUACAGUUAGAGGAGGAGAAUAAUCUGCUCAGGCUGAAGAUUGAAGUUCUUCUUGAUAUGCUUUCAGAAUCGACAGCAGAAACACAUCUAGUACAGAAGGAGCUUGAAGAUAUGAAGAGCAGUUCUAGGAGAAAGAAAUAAAGGGAGGACACCU